UCAAGUCUUAACUUGAUAGGUGAAUAGAAGGAGAAGGAAGGAGGGUGCCUUGCCUAUUAAAAAGCUGUAAGUAGUAUACCUAUCGAGACUACCGAAGCCCGUGCAUGGAUUCAAGGAAGAAUAAAUGUUCAGGGGUUUCAAUCGUCGCAGUACCUUAAAGUAAAAGAGCUGAGCUCGAACAAUUGAGAAUAUUGAGAUCCGAGAGGUACAAGUUCGCGUCAAUCGAGGAUGGGCAGAGAAGAAGCCCACGUCGAAGAAGCGGAGACGACGACGACGAACAGCUUAGUGCUGCUGGUAUGAUGGGACCUGGACAAAAGCCAAUCCGGAGGACAACUAGCACGACGAGCACAAGAACAUCGACGACGACGACGACGACGACAAAUUCAGCAACGGCUUCGGCGACGAAGACGCCGACGAGCGCCGCUGCCUUAGUUCGGAUUCAUAGAGGACCUAAACCACUGGAGGGAAAUCAAUUUUACUUGGAUAUAAAGAACCACGCUCUUUCUUCCAAGCUAGAGGCUAAAAUCAAGGAUCUCGGUGGGCUGAUCGAGCUUUUCUUGGUGAAAAGCGUCACUCUAGUGGUCACUGAUCGCAACGACAAGUCGACAAAGUCGAGCUGUUCGCCUGGCACCACUGCUAGUACUCCCACAACUCCAGCAAGCGUCACCGCGUCGACGCUCAGGUCCAGAUGGGCCGACACGAGCGGAGGCAGCGGGGGCCCACCCUCGCUCAUGAGCCUCGAGGCGCCGACGCCGACAACGCCAACGACACCUUACCGCAGUGUUGAGGGGCCCCUGUCCAACUCAACAAACCAACGAGGCUCUGCUACCCAGAGAUCGAAGUCCCGGGCAGAUGCAAUGUUGGAGCGGGCUCUGACACAGCCGCAACAGUGUUCAGUAGAUCCGCUCAACAACGCCCAAAAGUGGGCCAUACCCAUUUGGACGAUUCACGAGUUUUAUUCUUGGUUCGGCAAAGUUGAGAAAGCGGCGAAAAGCCCGCUCGAGACCAAGCAAAGUGGCACCAGCAAGCAAGUUAAGGUCAAACAUUUGAAGGAGCCGUUCAUCAAGUUUGAAUCCUAUCGCAGGGAAACUCGGCCUGUCUUUGUUGAACUAAAAUCCUGGCCUACCCUGAACUUUGAUGGUGAGCCGGGUAGUUGUCCGUUUGACCUAAAGCGCAGAGAAAAAAAAGAGGUUCUUUGCGCCAACAAAGAGAUCAAAGAAAAUAGAGAAAAGUGCUUUAAUCCCGACUUAUCAAAGGGCAAAGACAUGACUCGCAGGCCUUGCGCCACAGCAACACGCGCUCGCAAAACGGAAAAUACUGGCCACUGCGAAAUCUGCCGUAUUGAUUACAAAAAUUUGUCCAAACAUCUGCAAACUGACCAACAUCUCAACUUUGUGCGUAAUGAUAAAAACUUUUUAUCUCUGGACAAUCUGAUAAGUACGGGAGCGAGCGUCGAAGCCUUUCUCAAAAUCAACAUAUCGAAAGAUGUCAGCAAAGACUGCAGUCUGUUCUCCAGUCGGGAUAGCAGCCUCGAGAAUGGUCUCUCACUGCCAGACGAAAAGUGGGGAAAAAAAGACAAAUCUAGUUUAAGCGAGUAUAGUGUCGAAGACAUAAGGAUGAUGCAGUGCAAUGGUGCUAGGAAAAAUUCAAAGCUUGAUUCUGCGCACAACCUGAGGACGAGGGCCAAACACGAAAGUGGUCAUUUACUGAGGUCCAAGGGAAAACCACUCGAUGAAAAUGCGAAAAGUGAUAAGCCCAGUGAAAAGUUCAUCAUCACUAAACGUGCGAAAGGGACUAUAUGGAUAGAGGAGGAUGACUCCGAAACCGAAAAAGAUGAAAAUGAACUAGUGAAUUACGAUGGAAAGCCGCUGUUUAGUAAAACUUGUGAAUCAGAAUCGAAGAGCAAUGAAAGUGAUAGUGAAGAUCCAAAAAAUGUCUCGUUAAACGGUGUUAUUAAUAUUGAAACUGUUGAAUGUAAAUAUGUAGGUAGUAGUCAUAGUAAAGUUACUAAUAAAGACAGUGCAUUUAAAGACUCUCUUUUGGAUGCCAGUGUAAAGACUAAAGUCAAUGGCUAUGAAGAAAAAGACAAAGCCACUCAACCCGUGGAAGUUGUUGAUGGUGCUGAUUGUAACGUUAAAAAAGAUGUGAAUAAUGUAGAUGAGCACAUAGACUCGAUAAGUAACGCGGUCAACAGUGUUAAUAAUAAUGAAAAAGUGUUAGCUCUUGACAAUGAGGAUACUAAUUCUGUUAAAAGUUUGAACAAAGACGAUCGAGGAAGGUUCAAAGUUGCAAAAAGAGGCGGCAGAACAUACAGAGGUCGGCAAAGAUUAUCAGUUGAAGAGAGAUUGAUAGAGGAUAAUAGGGAUUAUUAUAAAGUUGAGGUUUUGGGUAAUAAACUGAGAUCUAGUGCAAUUCCAAUUAGUAACCAAUUAGCGGUGUCACCCUCGAAAGAAAAUCAAACUGAGCAAGCAAAGCCAGAAGAAGGAGACAAACCAUCAAGUGAGAAACCAGUUGUGGUGCGUUUCAAACGCGUGAGAAAAUCGGAAUUGUCUUUGCUGAGUGUCGAAGCAGAAUCUUUUAUGUUUGGAGACCCAAGGCGCGAUGACAAUUUCAGUGACGAAAGUGAUGGUGAACAAAGUAGUAUUUUACCUAAAGACACUGAAAGCGAUGGGGAAGAAGCUGUGGAUUCUAUAGUAUUGAGCUCUUCGCAAGAGAGCAACAUUACUCCAAAGCAAGAAUUCAUUGAAGAUGAUUCUCAAGAUUCACCAGCUUCCAAGGCUAGGAAAAAGAGGAGGACUCAGACUGAAGCUUUGUUGAAGGACAACACUGAUUAUUACAAAUUUGAAACACCCGGAAGUAGAUUACGAUACCAAGCUCCUUUGACUGGCAUCUGCGAUCCAGAAUUGGAUGGGGGAGAUCCAGAGCUGGACCCGAAUUCAAGUAUUGUUCCAAUUAAGGAAAAAAUCUACCCGUCCAAGCCCUCAGCAGAGGUCGAAAAGAUGCACUACUCCUUUGAAGCCGUGCCGAAAUCCGAACCUUGGUAUCGCACCUACGAGCGUCAAGACAAAGGCGAUGAAUAUUAUUACAGCGAGAGCGACUCGCUGAAGCCAUUUCUGCUGCCGUACGAAAUCGAAAACUUCCACGAGAUAUUGCAAAAAAAUCUCGCCCAGAGCGGAGCUCAUCGUAAACGCGGUCGAAAUCGGGGCGGACACCUGAACAUGGGAGUUCGAUCACCGCGCAAAAGUCCGCGAUGCCAUGCGUCUACUUUGGCCAUCAUGUCGACGAUCAUUAGAAGGAGAGAGCAACAGACUACGACGUUGAAUACAAUCGAUGAGGAGGGCAAGAAGGCCAAUAACGAAACUGCCAAACCCGAUAAAAAAUCUUCCGAAAAGUCUGAUGUUGACGAGGAUCUGAAACAGCUGGCCCAGAACAUCGAUAACAUGCUCAGCGACGGAGUGGACGAACUGGAACAGCUUGUUGCGGAUCAGCCGAAAAAUAUCGAAGAGAGUAUUCUGCCCGAGGCUCGUCAGAAAGGAGCUCCGGCUGAUCUCCUGGAGAUACUAGAACACGUUGGAACGCUAAAUGGUUUCGAGAACUCGUCGUGUGCUAGUUCUGAGUGUGGGGAGUUGAGGGGAGACUCUUUGCUGAAAACGCGAAAGAAGAAGAAGAGGAAAAAUAAGACUGGCUGGCCGGGUAACAAGAUGCGGAGGAAAAUGCACAUCAAAAAUUUGACCGAGGAACUGCAAAAGGAACUUCAAAAGGAGCUGCAGAUAAAGGAAUCGGAUUUCGAGAAUAGAUCCGUGGAAGAGGCAGAAGAGAGUAAGCCUUCGAACGAUGAGCGGGAGGAAGAGGAGGAGGAUGAGGAGGUGACGCAAGAGACACAGUCGUUGCCUGAGGAAGAAAUUUACGAGAGCGAGCAAGAAACGGGCAAGGAAAACGAGCCAGUUCUUAAUUUACCGGUUGAAAAGGAAGACAAUGAAAGUAGGGAGAGUAUAGAGUACAAAGACAUUAGUCAGGAGGCCAGUGGAACGGAGGAAGUGGAUGACAAAUCUGUACUGAAACAAGUUUCAAGUGAAGAAGUGACUCCGCGGAAAAAGCGCACUGAGAGCCCUGACAAGUGCAUAGUCAAAGAGGUCGAGAUCGAAUCUCAGGCGGUGAAAGAUUUGAGGUACGCGGAAAACAAAAGCCUAGCGUCGAGCGAAGACUCCGAGGCUUCUCUAUCGAACAACGAGAAUCUAUGCUCAAAGGACACGAACGCGUUAGUGCCUCACGAGAAACGUUCGCCCGUCAAGUUCAAGCGAAAACGCCAGCGGAAAAACACGACUUCCUCGGAGACGUCUAACCACGUCGAGGUUGAGAACCGACGUCAAAGCAGUGUUACCUCGUCGUCGAAGAAACAAAAGCAGGAUAGCAAUGAAACUCGCGAGCUGACACUGAGCACCGGCAGCAGAAGUAAAAAGAUGGUAAAGAAACUGAAGCACAACGACAAGACUUUGAGUAACGAGAACUGCAAAGAGGAUUUUUUAUCCGUAAACGAAAGGCGGAGGCCCAAAAGGCCGCGAAAAAAAGACAGUCUCGCGUCCGAGCUGCAAAACGGUGAGUUUGAACAGUCGGGUCGAGUCUCGCCGUCGUCGGAUGUCGAUCAGAGGCGAUCAAGUAUCGACUUUCAACCCGUCGUCAGGGUCAUGAAAAUCGAUCACUCGGUCGACAUGGACAACAGUAGUGUACUGUCUGUGACAGUGGCGAGCAAUCGGCGCUUGAGAAGCUCGGCAUCGUCGCCCAAGUCUAACAUGCAGCCGCCAAAGAAGCGAUUUAAAAACACUUCCAGUAGGCGGUACAUAUCAGGACUUGGCAUGAAGAAUAGUUGAAAAAGGAGGAUAA